UUGGGGGGGUUUGUAUAGGAUAUGGUCGAUAGUAGCGGCAGUGGUUUUGAACAAUCCAACUGCUUUAUUCUUCUCACCGUCGAUGAAGAUGACGAUGGUGAUUCGCAUUCACCAACUCUAUCGCCCUUUCUCUCUCCUCCCCCUUUCCCUCUCCUCUACCUCCCUCUUCUCCAUUUCCCAUUCCCAUUCUCUCAGUCUCAGAACCCGCCGCAGAUUCCACUCUCCACCACUCUCAACUUCCUCCUUCAUGGCCUCAUCCAGGUUCCGUAACCUUGUUCAUCUCAACGCGAUCGUUUCCGAAGACGGCGGUUCCGGAGGCGGAGGCGGAGGCUCCAAUGGCUCUGUUUCGUCCUCUUCAGCUGUAGCUUCAACUGUAGACGAUGAGGAUUCAGUUCUGGGAGUUGGGUAUCGGCUUCCUCCAGCUGAAAUCAGGGAUAUUGUUGAUGCUCCACCGCUUCCCCUACUGUCAUUCUCGCCAUACAGGGAUAAGAUAUUGUUUCUCAAGCGGAGGUCAUUGCCUCCACUAGCUGAACUUGCGAAACCAGAAGAAAAGCUGGCCGGUAUUCGUAUUGAUGGACAGUGCAAUUGUAGAAGUCGAAUUUCGUUUUACACUGGGAUAGGGAUUCAUCAAUUGAUGCCUGAUGAUUCCCUAGGUCCAGAGAAGGAGGUACGUGGCUUACCGAAUGGUGCUAAGAUCAAUUUUGUUACCUGGUCACCUGAUGGACGUCAUUUAGCUUUCACUGUUCGAGUUGAUGAGGAUGAUGGCAGUAGCAGUAAGCUUCGAGUUUGGGUUGCUGAUGUGGAAACUGGGGAAGCUAGACCUUUGUUUCAGAAUACAGACAUCUAUGUGAAUGCGGUUUUUGAUAAUUUUGUUUGGGUAAACGACUCUACUUUAUUAGUUUGCACCAUUCCCUUCUCUCGUGGAGAUCCACCAAAAAAACCUUUGGUUCCUCCUGGUCCAAAAGUGCAAUCGAAUGAGCAGAAGAACAUUAUCCAAGCUAGAACCUAUCAGGAUUUGCUGAAGGACGAAUAUGAUAAGGAUUUGUUCGAUUACUACGCCACUUCCCAGCUUGUUUUGGGUUCGCUGGAGGAUGGAACAGUUAAGGAAUUUGGCACAAGCCCACCAGCUGUAUAUACGUCGCUGGACCCUUCCCCCGAUCACAAAUAUAUUUUGAUCAGUACCAUUCACCGGCCGUAUUCUUUUAUUGUUCCAUGUGGAAGAUUUCCUAACAGGGUAGCUGUGUGGACAACUGAUGGCAAAUUUGUCAGGGAUCUUUGUGAUUUGCCUCUUGCUGAGGAUAUCCCUAUUGCAUUCAACAGUGUAAGAAAGGGGAAGCGUUCCAUCAAUUGGAGAGCAGAUAAGCCAUCGACACUCUACUGGGUGGAAACUCAAGAUGGUGGAGAUGCCAGAGUUGAGGUUUCUCCUCGUGACAUUGUUUAUACAGAAUCUGCUGAACCACUGGAAAGCGAACAGCCAGAGAUACUGCAUAAACUUGAUCUUCGUUAUGGAGGAAUAUCUUGGUGUGAUGACUCACUGGCUCUUGUUUACGAAUCUUGGUACAAAACGCGUAAAAUACGAACGUGGGUAAUCUCUCCUGGUUCUAAAGAGGACAAUGCUCGCCUUUUAUUUGAUAGGUCAUCAGAAGAUGUGUAUUCAGACCCUGGGUCACCAAUGGUACGGAGGACUCCUUUUGGGACUUACGUAAUUGCAAAGUUAAAGAAGGAAAAUUAUGAUGGCACAUAUGUUCUACUCAAUGGUAGAGGUGCUACUCCGGAAGGGAACAUCCCUUUUAUUGAUUUAUUUGACAUAAACACAGGCAGCAAAGAAAGAAUAUGGAAGAGCGACAGAGAAACUUAUUAUGAGAGUGUCGUAGCUUUAAUGUCUGAUCAGAAAGAAGGAGAUUUAAAUAUUAAUGAGCUGAAAUUUCUGACUUCCAAAGAAUCCAAGACUGAAAAUACUCAGUACUACAUUCUGAGGUGGCCUGGUAAGACAGCAAGUCAAAUUACAAAAUUCCCUCAUCCAUAUCCACAGCUGGCAUCACUGCAGAAAGAGAUGAUUAGAUACGAGAGAAAAGAUGGAGUUCAACUAACAGCCACACUAUAUCUCCCACCAAACUACGAUCCAGCAAAAGAUGGCCCUCUUCCCUGCUUGAUCUGGUCUUACCCUGGAGAAUUCAAAAGCAAAGAUGCAGCUGGACAAGUUCGUGGUUCACCCAAUGAGUUUGCUGGUAUAGGUCCAACAUCUGCUCUUCUUUGGUUGGCUCGGAGGUUUGCCAUUUUGGCUGGACCAACAAUACCUAUCAUUGGUGAAGGUAACGAGGAGGCAAAUGAUAGAUACGUGGAGCAAUUGGUUGGGAGUGCAGAGGCUGCUGUACAGGAGGUCAUUAAACGGGGGGUUGCUCAUCCUAGUAAGAUUGCUGUUGGUGGACAUUCAUAUGGUGCGUUUAUGACUGCAAACCUUCUGGCUCAUGCUCCCCAUCUUUUUUGUUGUGGAAUUGCUCGUUCCGGUGCCUAUAAUAGAACACUGACCCCUUUUGGCUUUCAGAAUGAGGAUCGAACCCUUUGGGAAGCAACCAGCACAUAUGUAGAGAUGAGUCCAUUUAUAUCAGCAAAUAAAAUCAAGAAGCCAAUUUUACUCAUUCAUGGCGAAGAAGACAACAACCCAGGAACUUUACCCAUGCAGUCCGAUCGAUUUUUCAAUGCCUUGAAAGGCCAUGGAGCAUUAUGUCGCCUUGUGGUUCUUCCCUUUGAAAGCCACGGUUAUUCUUCACGGGAGAGUAUCAUGCAUGUCCUCUGGGAAACAGAUCGAUGGCUGGAGAAAUAUUGUUCCUCCAACGCUUCUGAUUUAGGGCAAGAUGGGGAUAAAAACAAACAGGAAGGCAAUGGAGCAGCAGAUUCUGCAGGAAAAGUUGUUGCUGGUUCUGGUGGUGGUGACACAGAGAGUUCAAGUCCUGAUAAUGAUGGAUUUUACUCUAUUCAAAGAUCAUUCUUGUGAUGUUCUUGCUGGAUCAUUUUGCACCCAAGAUUGAAUUGAAGAAUUAAUUUAUCAAAUAAGAAGCAUGGUGGAGGACCUUCAAAGUACAACAACGUGCGUUGGAAUGGACGAUACAGAUCAUGCUUCUGAAGCCGUAGCAUUCCAGAUUAACAUAAAGAGUGGCUUUUGGUAAGAAUUUUACAUCGUUUUUCUAUAUUACAAAGACACAUAAUUAUUCGGAUAGCAUGUUCUGGUUGCUAUAUAUAUAAUCUAUGGAAGAAAAUUCGUGUAAACAAUUUGAUCAACGGCAGCCUGAUGAAUCUUCAGAAGCAAGAAACCGUUUCCCUCCCCAUAAGUUGCUAAUGAAUUGAAAAUAGUAUAUAAAUGUCUCUUGGCUCUAUGCUAACCAAGAUGAUGGUGAAUAAAGAGUAUAAUGAUUCGAAAUGUUGUAUUGCCUAUCGAUAUCUACAUCUUAUCACACGACGCAUAAAUCCAUUAACUAAUGGUGUAUUUAAUGUGUUACAUCUUAUAACAAGUGAAAGUCCGUUCAUUAUUUAA